AUGGGUGGAAGUGGAACACAAGAUAAUGGUGUGGACCAUGUUAAUGGCGAAGAGAUGGAUUCAAAUUCAGCUGCUGCUGCAAUGAAAGAUGUCAUGGACAGAGCUGAAGCUAAAUUCAGGCACGCAAAGGAAGUAAGGGAAAGAGAACAUGCAAAAGCUUCUAGAAACAAAGAAUCUGCUAGACAAGAUGUGGAAAGGAAAACAAGGGAAGCCCGUGAAAGAGCAGCAAAUGAAGCACAUGACAGAGUAGCUGUUGAAGCUCGUUUGAGGUCUGAAAGGGCUGUUGUUCAAAGAGCACAAGCUGAUGCACGUGAGCGGGCAGCUAUUGAUGCAAAGGGAAGGGCAGAACGGGCAGCUGGGGCAUGUCAACAAUAUGAGGUCAUUCCUUUGUCUCCAAACAGUUAUUUACAUGUGUUUUAUUUUUUAAAUGAACGGCUGAUAUGCGGUGGAAAAAGUUACUAUGGUGCCGUUCUAUGUUGUGCUUGGAGGUUAUAUCUAAAGAUGAAUCUGUCAAAACCUCUAAAACUGUUGUUGAUGUACAAAAACUUCUCACGUCUACAAAAGAAUGAAGAUGUUAUAGACUAUGCACUGAAGAAGCGGGAUGUGAAACUUGUGCCAUGUGGACUAGAUUAUGGACGCCCAAGGUUUGUUCGAUUUAGAGAACGUAGAUUUCAUCGAUCUUUGGAAAAGACAAGACGUUUCUACCCUCAUGUCCAUAACAUAAUUGGUUUUUUUGUUGCAAAGUUGAAGAAAUGA